AUGGCGGCAGAGGCAGAGGAGGGCGAUGUGGAGUGGGUGGUAGACACAAUCGCUGGCUUCUUGCGGGGACCCGCCUGGUCCAUCCCCAUCCUGGAGUUCAUGGAGCAGAAGUGCGAAGUUUUUGAUGAUGAAGAAGAAAGCAAGUUGUCUUAUACAGAAAUUUACCAGGAAUACCAAGCUCUGGUUGAAAAAUUACUAGAAGACUAUCUUAAAGAAGUUGGAAUCAAUGAAGAGAAAUUUCAAGAAGCUUUUUCAUCUCCUCUUGCAAAGACACACACUUCACAGGCCAUUUUGCAAACAGUAUUGGCAGCAGAAGAUUUUAGACUAUUUAAAAAAAUGAUGGUACAGAAAAAUAUUGAAAUGCAGUUGCAAGCUAUUAGAAUCAUUAAAGAAAGAAAUGGUGUAUUGCCUGACUGUUUGACAGAGGGUUCUGAUGUAUUCAGUGAAAUUGAACAAGAAGAAAUGAAAAUACUGAGGGAGGUUCUAAGGAAAUCAAAGGAAGAAUAUGAAAUAGAACAAGAAAGGAAAAGGAAUGAAGAAGCACAUGCCAGAUGUAAAUCACCAGAUGUUACCUACAGUUUUUCAGGAGAUCUGAGAGAAGCUGUAAAAGUCAAGGAGUUCACUGAGAGAGCUGAUGCUUCUGGAGAAACUCCAAAACUUCCAUUAGAGCAACCUUGGAAACCUGCGAGGAAAGACUUAAAACCAGUACACCCAUUACAGAAAGGACCAGAAAGCUUACCUCAGCCAUCCUGCACCAAGGGGAAAGAGGACACUAAGAAAAGGUCAUCUGGAAAGUGUUCAGAAAAUGCAGCACAAAAAGCUGGGACAAAAGGACUGAGUUUAUCAGAAGUUGAAGAACAGCAUCUGAAGCAACGAGAGGAUUACCUUAAGAAAAAACGAGAUAUGCUGAUGGCUACAAAGAAAGAGUCAAGAAAUAACGUACUGUUACCAGCAGACACUGACCAGAAAGAGGAGGAACCAUCUCCUAAAGAGGAAAUGUCAGAGGAGAAGCAAAGAUUGCUACAGAAGAGAAAAAUGCUUGCAGAAAAACUAAAAGAAGAAGUUAUUAAUAAGCGGUAG